AACCCUAAGGCUAAACUCCCCCCCUUUCUCUCUCUCUUCCCCCCCCCCCUCUCUCUCUCUCUCUCACACACACACUCUCUGAACUUCCGCCUCCGCCGGUCGCAGCGCCGCAGCCUCCACUUCAGCCUUCGAUCGUCAUCGUCGUCGCAGCCUUCACUUCGGCCUCCGCCUCCGCCGGUCGCAGCGCCGCAACCUCCACUUCAGCCUCUGUGAGAUGGGUGGCAAGGCAAAAAAAGCUACAGGGAAGAAGUUGCAAAAGAGUUUGUCUCAGUUUUCAGCCACCGGUGGCAAAGUUGAAUCCGCUGAAUUUUUGCCAUUGGAGGGUGGUCCUGGACAUAAACUGCCCAAAAGUGAAACACCGGUGAACACUGCUACAGUCCUUUAUAUUGGUCGUAUUCCACAUGGAUUUUAUGAGAAUGAAAUGGAAGGCUUCUUCAGACAGUUUGGCACUAUCAAGAGGCUCAAAAUUGCCAGGAAUAAGAAGACUGGAAAAUCCAAGCAUUUUGGCUUCAUCGAAUUUGAGUCUCCCGAGGUUGCAAAAAUUGUAGCCGAAUGUAUGCAUAACUAUCUUAUGUUUGAACACAUGUUACAAGUUCACCUUGUUCCACCAGAGCGUGUUCACCCAAAAGUGUGGAAAGGUGUUAACCGACGGUACAAACCCUUGGACUGGGUUAAAAUUGAAAGGAAACGACAUGACAAGGAAAGAACAUUGGAAGAGCAGAAGAAGUUGGUAGAAGGAAUCUUGAAACGGGACCAGAAAAGGCGGAAGAGGAUUGAAGCAGCUGGUAUCGAUUACGAGUGUCCUGAAUUUGUGGGAAGCGCCCAGCCUGCACCAAAGAAGAUUAGGUUUGACGAGGAAUAGAUCUUAAUGCGGUUUAUGCCGACAGUCGUGGAGGGAAAGAAGGCAUAGAUAUAGAGAUGUGGCAUGAAGUUUGGAUGGAAGUUUUGUACUGGUGGUCCCGUCAGAUUGAAUUACUGUUCUAGAUACAUUUCCUCUUAUGCCUUUUCCUGGAUAGCUGAAUCUGUUUUGUACUGAAGGCAAGCUUUUGCUUUUGGCAGUAUAAACAGAUUCCAACAAUUUUCUUAUUAUAAUGGAUUGCAAGCAGUCAAUGUUAGAAUUUCAA